AUGUUCUUGGUUGCCAAAGACACAGCGGCCUUGCUGGCAUUAUACCAUACUAACCCUGGCAGCGGACGCGUGCCAGCAGCAGAGCCGAUUGUGAUGAAAGUUCCUUUCAAUCCAUUUUUGAUGAGAACGCGGGCCGUUGUCGUCAAUUGUCGUCGGGCGACCUCGCCAGGCCUUCGAAAAUCCACAUUACAGAAAUUCGGUAGUGCGGAACAGAUUUCCGCUCCUUCCAACCUGCACACCUGGCUAUUGGGUUCAUAUCUUUACGGCUCUAGCCUCGUCCUUGUGGAUGUCUCUGGACAGACCCAAGACGAAAAUCAAGCAACCUCAUUCGAGCUUGAGUAUCCUACGCAGAUUCGGAAUCGCCGUUUCGAGGGUGGAGGAAGGGCUCCAGGGAGUACGAUGAGAGAAAUCUCAGGUGUAAAGGCAGUCAAUGAUCUACCCGAUCCGGACUAG